AUGACCCCAGGGGUCUCCGGGCAGAAGGCCCUAAGAAGGGCUUCCUAUGGGUCCCAGGCCUCUGGGCAGAAGACUCUAAGGACCCCCGGGCCCUCUGGGCAGCAGGACCUAAGGAUCCCCGGGCCCUCUGGGCAGCAGGACCUGCGGACCCCCAAGGCCUCUGAACAGAAGGUCCUCCUAAGGACCCCCAGGCCCCUGGGCAGCAGGACCUGCGGACCCCCAAGACCCCCAGGCCUCUGGGCAGAAGGACCUGCGGACCCCCAAGUCCUCCGGGCAGAAGGUCCUCCUAAGGACCCCCAGGCCUCCGGGCAGCAGGACCUGCGGACCCCCAAGGCCUCUGAACAGAAGCAGGAUUGCCUUGGUCCCGCUGGUCGGUGGGAGGAGGCCAGUCCCCCGCCCCUCGGCUCAGGUGAGGAGGGGGCUGCCAAGGCGGGGCCCCAGCGGCGGCAGGGCCAUGCAGGCCGAUCGAGGCUCGUCCUCCUCCUCCUCCUCCGCCUUCUCCUCGUCGUCGUCGCCGUGGCCGUGGCCGUGGCCGUGCCCUCAGCGGCGGGCCGCCCGGGGGAGGAGCCCCCCCCUCCUCCUCCUCCUCCUCCUUUUCCCUCGCGGCUCCCGGCGGAGGCUGAGGAGGGUCCGGGCCCGCUCCAUGCCCCGCGGGAGGGCAAGUUGGGCGCGGGGGCCGGCCCCACGGACACGGGCGGACAGGCGGGCGGACAGGCGGACGGACAGGGCCGAAGGUCCCCGUCGCCUCACGGGCCCGCCUCCGCCACCGGCCACCGGGCAACGAGCACCGGCAGGGCCAGCACCGCCCCGCUAACCCCCCCCCACCUGCGCGCGCACCGCCCCCCGCCCCCGCGCGCGCCCGGGCGCGCGACACACACCACGCAGGCGCAGAGCCGGGACAGCCCCGCCCCUCUGCCACGAGGAACAGGGAUUAUAAUCUACAUUUCAAUUCGGACCCGGGGAAUUGAACCAUUUUCGAGAAAGUGGGACAGUGACUGGAGCAGACUUCUAAUGCCGGGAAAAUUCACUUUACCUUUGAGACCUCAUCGAGACCAAUAA